GCCCCCUGCCGCUCGCGCUCGGCCAUGGCGGAGGCCUCUGUUGGGCGGCAGAGCCCGAGGGUGGUCGCGUACCCAGCCCGUGGCCUGUGUCCUGGAGAGCCGGCCCUUCAGAGCGCUGCAGUUGUGUCAAUGGGCUCAGCUGAUCAUCGACUGAACCUGGCAGAGAUCCUUUCCCAGAACUAUGGUGUGAGGGAAGAAAGGGAGGAAGAUGAUACUCAGGAGAAGCAGAAAUCUUUAGAAGAGCUGGAGAAGAGUUUCAGUGCCUCUCAGAGCAGUGAAAUGCCAUUUGAGGAGCUGCUCGCACUGUAUGGCUAUGAGGCAUCUGAUCCCAUCUCAGAGCAGGACAGCGAGAGCAAUGACAUCACUCCCAACCUCCCUGAUAUGACUCUGGAUAAGGAACAAAUAGCGAAGGAUUUGCUUUCAGGGGAAGAAGAGGAGGAGACACAAUCUUCAGCUGAUGAUCUGACUCCAUCCGUCACGUCCCACGAUGCAUCGGACUUAUUCCCAAACCAGCCUGGCUCAAACAACUUCCUUGCUGAUGAAGACAAAGAGCCAUGUUCAUCUCCAUGUGCUUCCUCCAUGGCUGAGGACUCAGAGGUGGAUUCCAUCCCAUCCAACGAGUGUAAGAAGGAGAUCAUGGUUGGACCUCAGUACCAGGCCACUGUUCCCAUCCUCCGCUUAAACAGGCACAGGCAAAAAGUGCUUUUUCUGUUAGCCUAUGAGAAUGAAGAUCAGCUGCUUUGGGACCCAAACAUCCUCCCUGAGAGAGAGGUGGAAGAGUUCCUGUACCGUGCUGUGAAGCGGCAGUGGGACGAGCUGUCUGCCAGCAGCCUGCCAGAGGGAGAGGUGGUCAAGGACAAUGAGCAGGCUUUGUAUGAGCUGGUGAAAUGCAACUUCAAUGCAGAAGAGGCACUGCGGAGGUUACGGUUCAAUGUGAAGGUUAUCAGAGAUGAGCUUUGUGCCUGGAGCGAGGAAGAAUGUAGAAAUUUUGAACAUGGCUUUAGGGUCCAUGGAAAAAACUUUCACCUUAUCCAAGCAAACAAGGUCCGCACCCGGUCGGUGGGCGAGUGCGUGGAGUAUUACUACAUGUGGAAAAAAUCAGAGCGCUAUGACUACUUCACUCAGCAGACUCGUCUAGGAAGGAAGAAGUACGUCCUCCACCCUGGAGCCACGUGCGUGGAAUAUUCUCACACUAAAAUUAGUAAUAUUAACCUCCCAGUGAAGAUUCCUGCUGCAAAGCACCUCCGCUUAACAGACUGCGCUUUCUUCUCCAGAAGGGAUUUCACUGACAAUGACCUGGAUGGGGUUGAAGUGGAAAACACGAGUCGUUCUCGGAGCUCCCCACCAAUUCCCUCUGCAGCUGGCUGCCUGGAUGCUCACUUUGGUCAAGAUCAGAUAGCAAUUGAGAGCACAGAGCCCCUGAGUGUGGAGAGCACAGCCUGCAGCCUGGGCAGCAUCAGCGAGUCGGGGCAGGGCUACGAGUGCAGCACCCCCUCGGAGACAAACUGCUCCUUCGACCCCUCGGAGGAGACGCCCUCGGGCGCUGUCCCUGUGCCCUGCCCACGCCACACUGUCACCCCCUCUGAGCCUGAGCUCUUUGCUUUGCCCCCCGCGGGACCAGGACUGGCAGAGAAGCAGGAGACGUUGCAGAACUCUGGUGAGACAAUAACCAUGGACUUCAGUCUCCCUGCAGACAUUAAUGAGGGGUUGCCUUUAAUUGCUGGCGCUGUGGAUUUGGACAGAGACCCUGAGGCAGUGGUGGCCCCUGCUCAAGUGUCCUUAUCGGUCACAGAUUUCGGUCUCAUUGGCAUCGGAGAUGUAAAUACUUUCCUGACUGCUCAUCAGGCUUGCCCAGCACCUGUGGCUCGGUCAGAGCCUCUGUCACAGUGAGAGUCUCCAGUCACAAAUUUGUCACAGACCCAGCAAGGACUUUGACCUGACUGAGUGAAAUUCUGGAACUUCCACUGUCCUGUAGGGACAGUUUGGAGCUGUUGGUCGGAAUCCGUCUUUCCAUCCUCCUUGAUCCAAGGCUACAGUGAAACCAAACACCUUUCUGCUCCAGUGUAUCCUGGCACAGUCGUACAAAGUGGUGGCUGGCUUUCCUGAGUGGGGAGGUCCAUCACCCCCCUCCUACACUGACCAUGUGUUACCCCAGGUGAUGCCAGUCCGCUCAGAGAGUCCCUGCCUCAGGACAGGGGACGUGUCCCUUGGCCCCAGUGGGACAGUCUGAGGGCAGAGGUGCUUUCAGAAGAGGGACGUGUCACCAUCAUGGUGAGGGUGCUGGCUGGUGGUCUGAGAGCCUGGGAGGGCUGCAGGGCAGUUUCCUGCAGAGGUGGGCACAACAAUGCCAAGGGAGGCUGACGAGUCUUGGCCUUUCUCCCAUGGGCAGUGUGUUGCAGUAGGAGCCACUCACCCUGUCCUUCUCCCAGCAGCCACAGGUCAAGACAGGCAGGCUUCUUGACACAGCUGCUUCCCCCUCCAGCAGCCACGUGUUCCUGACUCUCCACCAGCUGCAGGUGGGAUGUGGUCUGGCCCAGCCCAGCCCUUGGGCAGAAGUGUCAGGUUUUGGAAAGGGAUUCUGUGUGUGCAGCAGCAUCAUGUGCACUCGAGUCCUUCUCACCUUCCUGUGCAGUGCUGGGCCAGGGAGAACUUGUGUGGGGAGUAACAGGAGUUUCUAGACUCACAGUGAUGCUGGCCAAAGAGCUGUGGUGCUGCUGCUGCUGCUGCUGCCAGGGGAUGACCUGAUCCACAAUGCAAGAGGGUAAAAUGUGGGUGAAAAUAUCCGUAAUUUCCCAAUUUGUCAGCAGAGGGAGGAGGUUGCUUAACUCCCAGGGUGUGAAGCCUGGAAUAUGGGUGCUAGCACAGUCCCAGGCAGGGGAGCACAGCAUCCCUGGGCAUCCCUGCCCCUCCCUGUGUCACAAAACAGGCUGUUCUGAGAGGGAAGUGUGUCUUUUCUGCCAUGUUCAGGGAGGUGCCAGUGCUGUGCAGAGCCAUGGGAGCCUCUCCUUGGGUGUGCUGGAGUCCAAAGCUGCUUCACUUCCCAGGUGUGUUCCAGGUCUGGGAUUGGCCACUGGCUCAAUGUGUUCUCAUUCCCUUUUUUCCAUGCAGGGAAUGCUCUCCACUCACCUGCUGGGCAAGGCUCUGGUGCAGACAGUCCUUUCUUCCAGCUGUGUUCUGCAGCUGGGAAGGGGCUUGGGUUGAGGGUUUUUGCUAGCUUUGGUAGAGGCCUUGGGGCUGUGGUUGUGCACUUGGCUCUGCUGCCAGUGCAUUUGGCAGGUACCUAAACCCAUGAGCCUGCAUCCUCCUUUUACCUGGCCUUGGGAAGGUGUGCCCAGCCCUGCAGCUGCAUCAAACAGCCCAUGGGAUGUCAGAAUUAGACCUUGUCUCAUCUCCUAAACCCCAGAUCUGGUUUGUGUGCUUUAGUAGGGAUUUGCUUCGGUCCCCAGCUCUGUGCUGGGAGGUGCUGAGCCCCAGCACAUGCAGCUGCCCUCACCUGGCAUGGCUUUGUCAGCCAGAUGUGCUGGGCAGAGGCCUCCCUCCAGUUGCUCCUGGCUGCUGGGAACAGAAAGCAAACACGAAUGCCCGCUCCAUAGUGGAACUGCCCAGGCUGUGAUUCCCCUUUUCUGGGGGUGAGAGGAAGCUCCUUGGCUGAAGGGAGAAGAGGAGGCAGGGUGAGAGCACAGGCAGCCCUCCCAGGGAGGGCCAGGCCUUGGCAUCUCCUCCAUCGGCUGAGAACAUUCUUAGUUUUCCUGAAACCAUUUUUUCUUUUUGGUUUAUUUCAAGCCCUAGUGAAAGGAGAGGGGAGCUGGCCGAGGCAGAAAUCUCUUAAUGUCCUUCAGUGUUGUUUACAGAUUUGCAUGGGGUCUUUCAACAUGAGUGCAGCGCUUUUUCCACAUAACUUUGAGGGAGAGGGGUGAAGAAGGCUGGGACGGGGUGGGGGGAGUCACUGGGAGAGAAGGUUUGGUUCUGAUUUUUUUUUGUUGGGGUUUUCUUUUUUCCUUCUUACAAAGCACAUUCACUUUGAGCCACUCCCAAUGCUGGACUCUUUUCUCCCUUGCCCCCCAGCCCUACACUGUGAAGUGACACUGCCUUGAAGACCUCUCACCGUUAUUUAUUUAAUUAAAAACCUAAUUUGAAAGUGA